AUGACCAUCAGCAAGCCACCAUCCCCUACGCGACCGACGAGAACACCUUCGCGCACGCAGCGGUAUCUAGCCUUCCAAGCGCAUCUGCACCGGCAUCUCCGCGCCCUCGGGCUAAACUACCACCUGCACCCGCCCUCGAUGAGCGUCCCCGCCACGACGUUUCUUAACACGCUGCCCGUGGCCAAGUCGCUCGUGAUUGCUGUGCUCGAGCUGCACUUUCCGGAGCUCGGGGCAUUUCGUACGAGCUCUGAGGAAUUUGUCGACGAGCUGCUCGUCCGCAUCGUAUCUGCCAUACGGGAGCAGGUCGGACCGCAUACGCCGCGUAGUGCGGUCGAACACUUGCUUGAGAGAAGGGAUAGAGAGGAGGAUAUAGAUCUUCUGGGUCAUAUCGCCGACCCCUACUGUGAAUGGUUCGACGAUAUGAAGUUCUCAGGCGAGCUGUCCACCUUCCCGAUCACGAAGGAGCGGUCGCACCCUUACUUCACGUCUGGAGACUUGAACUCGAGGCGCAGCGUCGUCUUCAUCGGCGGCUUGUUUAACGGGAUGGGCGACGUGCCGUACCUGGGCAUGCUGAGUGAUGCGCUGGCCCAGGCGGGCUGGAAACUCGUUCAGCUGCACUGGACCUCAGCGUACACCGGCUUCGCGACCUCGUCGCUCGACACGGACGUCUCCGAGCUCGCCUCGCUCGUGACGCACCUGCGGGCUGCCGGCGACACGACGGUCGUGAUCAUGGGCCACUCGACCGGCUCGCAGGACGUGAUGCACUACAUCCUGAACGAGCCGAUCCCGGUCGAUGGCGGCAUCAUGCAAGCUCCCGCAAGCGACAGGGAGCACUUCGGUUUCGCCGACGACGCAAUGAGCAAGGCAUGGGUCGAGAAGCUCCCUCUCGCUACCGAGUUUGUGAAGGGCGGCCGGGGCAUGGUCACGCUCGACGCGGGAGGCAUGAAGAUCACGGCGUACCGACUGCACUCGCUCAUGAGUAAGGAGUUAGCUGACAUCAGCGGCGACGACGACUACUUCUCGGGCGACCUGCCCGUCGAGCCGACCGAGGGGUUCAAGCACCCCCUCUCACAGACGUUUGGCAAGCUGGAGGUCCCCGUCCUCGUCCUCUUCUCCGAGAAGGACGAGUACGUCCACGUCGAGGACGUGCCAACCAUGCUGCGCAAGUGGCGCGACACCGCGAACGGCAAACUCGAGACGGUGAUCGUCCGCGGCGCGAGCCACGCCGUCGAAACGCAGGGCAAGGAGCAGCUCUGUGGUGCUGUCGUCGCCUGGCUCACUGAGCACUGGCCCAAGACGCAGGAUUCUAUCAUCCCCCAGGACAACCCCAACUGUCCCCCGCAUGUGCCCAGCGUCGCGCCCCAGGACCCCAGCAAGCCCGCGCCGCCUAUCGGCCAGUAG